AUGUCGGCCCUGGCGCUGGUGGUGUCUAUCGUCGCGGGCGUCUUCACCACGCUCAUCGCGGCCUUUGGCAUCAACUCCCUCUCAAGGCUUCUGCCGACUCGCUACCAUGCGGCUGAGAAUCCCAAGGAUGACCACAUUCAGAUCCUGGUGCUGGGCGACAUAGGUCGGAGCCCGCGCAUGCAGUACCACGCACUCAGUGUCAUGAAGCAUGGAGGAAGAGUCGAUCUUGUCGGUUAUAAAGAGACAGCUCGGCUACCAGAUCUCGUUGGAAAUGAGAGAGUCGCCUUGUACCCUCUUCCGCCUUUGCCUGCAGUCUUCAAGUGGAACACGCUGCCAUUCUUGAUCAACAAGCCAGCCAAGGUCGUCUGGCAAAUGUGGUCCAUCUUCCAAGUGCUGGCUUACACCGCACCCCCCGCAAGAUGGAUCAUCAUUCAGAAUCCCCCUUCCAUCCCCACACUGCACCUGGCUCUCCUCGUUUCACUGCUCAGAGGAAGCCACUUGCUCAUCGACUGGCACAACUACGGCUGGUCCAUCAUGGCCACCGGCCGCAGCAAGAAGAACCCCCUGGUCUGGCUGUACAAGAAGUACGAAAUCUUCUUUGGCCGACUCAUUCCCACCGCCAACCUCACCGUCACCCACGCCAUGGCCCGUCAGCUCCGUGAAAAGCCCUACGACAACAAGAAGCCCAUCUUCGUCCUGCACGACCGUCCCGCCCAGGUGUUCCAGCCCAUCGAGUCAGCCGAGGCUCGUAAGGCCUUCCUCUCCAGCAUCAAGGAGACCAAGAACGUCGCGGAUAGCAUCUGCGACGGCACCACCCGCCUUAUCGUCAGCAGCACCUCGUGGACGCCCGACGAGGACUUUGGUCUGCUGCUGGACGCAUUGGUAGCCUACGCACACCCCGAAGAGGCCGUCAGCUCAAGCGGCGUCGGCAGGCCCCCGAUCCUGGCCAUCAUCACCGGCAAGGGCCCCCAGAAGGCCGAGUACGAAGAGAAGAUCAAGAAGCUUCGCAUCGAAGGCAAGCUGCCCGGCAUCACGAUCCUCACCGCCUGGCUCUCAACGCGCGAGUACGCCUCCCUCCUCGCCUGUGCCGACCUCGGCGUGUGUUUGCACAUGUCCAGCUCCGGCGUCGACCUGCCGAUGAAGGUCGUGGACAUGUUCGGCUCCGGCCUGCCCGUCGCGGCGUACUCCGCUUACGAGAGCUUCAGUGAGCUCAUCAAGGAGGGCGAGAACGGGUGUGGUUUCGAGACUGCGACCGAGUUGGCCGAAGUCCUCAUCCGACUGCUGAGUGAGGGCGGCGAGGACGAACUGGAAACACUGAAGGCCGGUGCUGUUAAAGAAGGCAGUUUGAGGUGGGAUGAGGAGUGGGAUCGUGUUGUUGGCAGGGUCGUGGGAGUCAUAGAUAGCUGA